GCCCUGUGUGCUCGUGCCUGAAGGCUCUUCUCUGGUUGGUCCGCAUGUCAGGAACCGUCCCGCCCGCUCCGCGGUCAUAUAAAGGAGGGUUUGGCUCGAUGAGCGGCACUUCCUUCCCUGAAAUCAUCAACAAUGAGCGGCAGAGGCAAAACCGGUGGCAAAGCCAGAGCGAAGGCAAAGACCCGCUCCUCUCGUGCCGGGCUCCAGUUCCCAGUCGGUCGUGUCCACAGACAUCUGCGCAAAGGCAACUAUGCGCAGCGUGUCGGCGCAGGAGCCCCCGUCUAUCUGGCGGCUGUGCUGGAGUACCUCACCGCUGAGAUCCUGGAGCUGGCUGGAAACGCUGCCCGCGACAACAAGAAGACUCGCAUCAUCCCGCGUCACCUGCAGCUGGCUGUCCGCAACGACGAGGAGCUCAACAAGCUGCUCGGCGGAGUGACCAUCGCUCAGGGCGGCGUGCUGCCCAACAUCCAGGCUGUGCUUCUGCCCAAGAAGACCGAGAAGCCCGCCAAGUCCAAGUAAAGCUGGAGACUACCAUCAAAACCACAAAGGCUCUUUUAAGAGCCACCCACACUUCUAAAAAGAACUAUGAUCCUCAAACUAUUUUAAUAUCUCCAUAUAAAAGUCACAAUGUUAUCCUAUAAAUGUUCAUCAAACCACAUGCCCAUAUAAUGUGAUGAAUAUUAAGGAUUAGAAGUGAUUUGGAAAGCUUUUGAAGUUUUAAGGAUGACAUAUUUUGCAAUUUACAUAUCUGGCUUUAAGGCAUACUGCUAUAUGAAUCAGACAUGGCAGUUGAUCACCAAUAUGUUACAGAUGCCUCAUGCCCAACAAAGGAAGUAAGUAACCUGAUAUAUUAAACAAGAAGACUAUACAUACCUUAGUAUUCUAACAUUUUCUAUUUAAAGAUUGAUUUAUUUUUUACGCUACAAUAGCAG